AUGCCGACGUCAUUGACAUGCUUCUUCGCACAUGCAAGAGUUAGCACUGGUUGGAUUGCAGCAGCACUAUAUAGAAUAGAGCCUCACUUGUUCGUGGGCUCAAAGGAAUCAUGCAAGUUGGUGGGCGCAGCACCAAGAAUCGCAGCCACCGAAAGCCAUCUCAUUCCCAAUCUUUCAGCAGAAGGAUUCAAAGAAGGGGGUAUAAUCGUGUCCAUAAAAUCUGCAGAAGUUGAACAGAUGGUCAAUAGCAUGAAUACGUCUGUUAAUUAUAUCCUAUUGAGUGAAAACAUGGAAAAGGUGAUGGGGUUGGCCUCUGAGAAGAAGGUAGUGAUAUUCAGCAAGAGCACAUGUUGCUUGUGUUAUGCAGUCAAAAUUCUAUUCCAAGAAAUUGGGGUGGACCCUCUGGUUUAUGAGAUUGACCAAGACCCUGAAAGCAGGGAAAUGGAAAAGGCUCUCACAAGGCUGGGGUGUAACGCGCCUGUACCGGCCGUGUUUAUUGGUGGAAAGCUGAUGGGAUCCACCAAUGAAAUCAUGUCCCUCCACCUAAGUGGCUCACUCAAUCAAAUGCUCAAGUCCCGCCAGACUCGAUCUUGA